CCUGUUCUUUUCAUUCCCUCUGGGGCACCUGGCAUUGGCCACUGUUGGAAGACAGGCUAAUGGGCUAGAUAGACCUUGGGUCUGACCCAGUACGACCACUCUUAUGUUCUUAUGAAGAAUGCCCCCUUCUCCAUGAAAGAAUCAUCAACCCCACCUCCUGCAGUGCCUAAGUUUUCCUGGAAUGCUUCCCAUCCAAGGACUGGCCUAUAUAGCUUGUGAGAUAUGACCAUGUCCUGGCUUGCAGUGGUCUUGCUUGUAGGCAUCUUGAGGCACUGAUUCUGACCUAAGCGAGGGACAGAAUGCAACUUUGGGUUGAGACUUAUGACUAUGUAACACUAGGUGACUGACUUCCAGGAGCAAGCGUGUGCCUACCCUAUGUCCAACAAUGAGAACUUUUGAAAUCCACGUGCUCUGCGUAGAGAGCAUUGAGAUGAAUGUCCUUUCAGAUCCAACAUGGUAAAAAUGACCUGCAGUGUCAAAAGGUGCCUAUGCAUAGAAUGGUAACGCUUCGGGCUAAUGCUCAGCAUCACGAGAAGCUGCAUCAAUGCCUAAUAUCCCCAAUCUCAUGCACUUAGUGCAUUAGCUUGAAGCAUAGAAGCGCUUUCCUGUGUUUGUAUGUCCUUGGCCAGGAGUCGAAGUCUCUUGUUGCUUUACAUUACCCACUCUCCCUUCUGUGCUGAAAUGCCUUCGUCCAUUUUCAUAUCGCCAUUGAUUGGCAAGUAAAAGGUCUGACCAUUUCAAAGGCGCUAGUAAAAGUUUUAAAGAGCAAACACACCUUCUAGGUAUAAAUAGUUGGCAGGAACCUGCUGGAAGGCAAUAGAACUUAAUGAGACAAAUGAAGCUCUUGCAAGCUGUUACUGUAAUGUAUUUAGUUAGUUUCUUUAAAGAGCUCAUUCAGAGGGGAUGCUGUGCCAUGGAAUUGAUUAAAGAAGAAAAAUAUUUUCUUCAUGAUGAAAACAGAAUCACUUUCUUGGCUAGAUCAGAGAGAGUGGGUGUCACCUAUGAACAGCCUUGAAGACAGCAGCCACAAGUAGUUCUGGGGUAGUGUCUGUUCAGACUGAAAUCUGAGAUUAUACAAUGCAUGGGGCAGGGUAAAGCUAAUGAAACCAAAACAGACAAUAGGCUUGGGUUGUUUCAAGAUGAUUGACUGCUGCUUCAUUUAGAAAGGGUGCACCAUGCCGGGAAGGGUUAAGGUCAUUGCACUGUGUUGUAUUACAGCAAAGAGCUGGGUAAUUAGCGAGUUUAGUGCUGAGUGGGGCUGAUUUCUUGGGCGUGUGUGUCUUGGAAGGGUUUUGCUGCUUGUUUCUUGGCAAGUUUGCCAGUGAAGAGUUUCUCCAAAGUAGGUUAAUCUUGAGAGCUCUUUCCCCAGGAAAUUUAGCCCCGGAGAAAUCCCUAAGGAGCAAAGGUCAGUGGUCUUUUGAGCCUUCUUUGGGGACAGACUAUGUGAUUCAGUGCAGAAAGAAUCCUAGGGAGAGACAGAACAUGUGGCCCACAGGUAAAAUGCAUAUAAAGGGAUGAAGAUUCUUUAGGAUGGUACCUAGUUUUCCCUGAAAAAUUCAGUGGUUCCUAAGAUCUAAACCAUAUUUGCUGCCAUUCACCUUCUCCUGCGAUGAAGGCUCCAGCCUACUGGGCCAAAGUGACCCUUGGUAUAACUUUGUUGAAGUCAGUGGAGUUGCAGGGGUGGUGGAAAUGGCCCAUGAACUUGAAGACUAAACUGCACGUGAAUGGGUCAGUCCUGAUUCUUAAUAAAGGAGUCCCAAGGGAGUUCAGCCCUGCGUUUACCCAGCGGUACUGUAGAUAGGAUAAUAAACUGAGAUCACUGAACUCUCCUCUGUAACUGCCCCAGCACCACAAGAAGGGGAGGAAUAGUGACAGUUGGUCACUGCAUCUCCUCCACAGAAGGAAUAACCCGUAGACUCAAGGGUCAGAUUUCCUUGUACUGACCAUUGGCUACGCAAGGGCCUGUUAAUCAGUCUGGAAUAGGGGCUGGCAUUUAGAUUUUGUACUAACAUGAAAAAGUUCUUUGCUUUCUGUAUACCACUCCAUGGGCCUAGACCGUUGGAGUUGUAGCACACCCCCUGCCCCCAAGCCCUAAUACAAGGAUUGCCCUAAUAAAGAAAACACCUAGUUGGGAAUAGAAGCGUGUUUAUCUCACUUUAUUAAAAUUGGACAAAUUGAGUCCUGGUACAAAAGUCCUCAUUAAAACAAUAUUCUACACCUAUUAUUCUUUACUUUAGACCCCCUUCAGAUAAAGACAGUUGUGUACAGCCCUGCCCUCACUCCAUGAUCGGAGGAAGAGGACUUUGGAGAGAUUAUACUGCAAUAGCAAGGAACUCUUUAUACAGCGCUUUUCAUCUAUCGAUCCUGAAACAUUUUACAAAGGAAGGCAAGUGUCAUUAUCCACUAUUUACAGAUGGGAAAACUGAUGCACAGAGAGGGGAAAUGACUUGCCUAAGGUCACACAGCAAACCCGUGGGAACAGAACCUAGGUCUCCUGGCCCAGUACCCUAGUCACUAGACCAUGCUGCCUCCUACUGGGAGGAUCAGAAUGAGUUGGAUUCCCACCUAUCGAACUCCCAACCUAUCAAUAAAUGUCAUCUAAGCCUCCCAGAUCUUCUCAACCCUGUCUGAUUGCUCAUCAUCUCAUCCCUCUCCCCGCCCCUGUUGCCUGUUUCCCUUCCUUCUCUAAAUCCAACCCCUUCCCCAAUCUCUGCAGAAAAGUCCCAAACCCCAUGCCCCCAAUAUCUCAGGACUAAAAGGGCAGAGAUUGGAGAGUAGGGGGUCAGUGCAUGGAGAAGGAGGGGAUCUCACCUGUGUAAAAUCUGGAGCAAAUUAGCAAGGGAGGAAAGAACAGCGGCAGCAGAGCAGCUGGGUGUCUGAGCUGAGAAGCAGCGAGCAUCUAGCAGCAACAGCAGAGAGUGAUCCCCAAACUCCCCCUUGCACCCGACCCAGCAGCAAGUCCCACCCUGGCCAGUACAAAAGGGAUUGACAGGGAUUCUACAAGCGAUGGAUUUGCAACAGCUGAUGAGCCCCUUGCGAGAGGAGGGGGAGGGAAGAUUGCAGUUGAGCCCACCCACCCCACACGAGAGCAGGAGGUGAGGACUGGCUCUUUGUGAGCGGCAGGCUGCAUAAGAAGAAAAGUGGUGGGGGAAAGAUGCCAGGCUGCCUGCAGGAGACUUGGAAAGGAGCGAAAGGUUGGAGCACUUGUGACCGGGGAUCUAGCCGCGCUUGUCAGAGUUCAAGAGCUGGAAGGGUCGCAGUUUGUGCUUCUGAGAUGCAAGAGGAGGAAUAAAGAGGAGGCAGUUUGUGUGCCGAUGGGGACGUAGCACCAGUGAGAUCUCUGGGGACAGCAGGACAAAGGGAACUCAUGGAUGGGCUUUACCUGCUAGGAGGGGGAGAUGGGCUGGAGAUGAUCAAUGACACCCUCAGCAGGACAAGUUGGGUGGAGGAGGACAACUCGGAGCUGUCCUUGCGGGUGGCGAUGGCUGCCCUGCUCUUCUUCCUCAUCCUCUCUACCUUGCUGGGCAACACCCUGGUGUGCGUGGCUGUGAUCAAGUUCCGGCACCUGCGCUCCAAGGUCACCAACUUCUUCGUCAUCUCGCUGGCUGUCUCCGACCUGUUUGUGGCCGUGCUGGUGAUGCCGUGGAAGGCAGUCGCUGAGGUGGCCGGCUUCUGGCCUUUCAGGGGCUUCUGUGAUGUCUGGGUGGCCUUUGACAUCAUGUGCUCCACAGCCUCCAUCCUCAACCUGUGCAUUAUCAGCAUGGACCGGUACUGGGCCAUCUCCAGCCCCUUCCGCUACGAGAGGAAGAUGACCCAGCGAGUGGCUUUCAUCAUGAUUGGGGUGGCUUGGCUGCUCUCCAUUUUGAUCUCCUUCAUCCCUGUGCAGCUGAGGUGGCACAAAGCCAGUGAGCUCCUUGCCCAGCAGGAACCCGGCUCCAACUCCACACAGGGCUCAGAGGAGAACUGUGACUCCAGCCUCAACAGGACCUAUGCCAUCUCCUCAUCCCUCAUCAGCUUCUACAUCCCCGUCGCCAUCAUGAUCGUCACGUACACCAGGAUCUUCCGCAUCGCUCAGCGGCAGAUCCGCAGGAUCUCCUCUCUGGAGAGAGCUGUGGAGCAUGCCCAGAACUGCCACAGCAAUGACUGCCCCCACGAGGCCUCCCUGAAGAACUCUUUCAAGAAGGAGACCAAAGUCCUCAAGACCCUCUCCAUCAUCAUGGGAGUCUUCGUCUUCUGCUGGCUGCCCUUCUUCGUGCUCAACUGCAUGGUGCCCUUCUGCGACCUUGGCCUGCACGAUCCCGGGGAGCUGCCCUGUGUCAGCGAGACAGUCUUCAACAUCUUUGUCUGGUUCGGCUGGGCCAACUCCUCCCUCAACCCCAUCAUCUACGCUUUCAAUGCUGACUUCAGGAGGGCCUUUGCCACCAUCCUGGCCUGCGGCCGUCUCUGCCCCAGCAAUGCGGUGGAGACGGUGAAUUUCAGCAACGAGCUGGUCUCCUACCACCAUGAUACCACCUACCAGAAGGACGUGGUGACUCUCAGCGACCCGCACCUUCUCCCCCAUGCCACCCUGCAGGCAGAAGACAAUGAGCUGACUUUUGACAAAGUGUCGCAGAUCUCCAAGACCUCCCACAACAACCAUGCCAACGCCAUCUUGCCAGCCGUGGUCCAUGUGGAGUGCGAGAUGGAUAUAUCACUGGAGAAGAUCACUCCCUUCACCUCCAGUGUGCUGGAUUGAAAAGGGAUCAGGAGAGGGAGUCGGGGCGGGGAGACGGGAUAUGGCAGAGAGAGGUCUGCAGCAAAUGGCCCAGUUUCUGGGGAGUGUGCAUACAGGGGAGGGAGGAGAAGAGGAAUUGCUACCCCUCUGGCUGGGAAGGAGUUUGUAUGUAUGUAUUAGCAAGUAUGUUGGUGUCUUCCUUUGUUUCUCUGAUAUACUCAGAAGAGUGACUUUUUAGGGGACUGGAUGGCUUGGGGGGAUGGUGCUUUUCACCUUGAGUCCACGGGUUCAAACCCAGGGCCAGCCCAGGUUGGUAGUGAAUGGAAGUGGUUGAUGUCUGUUGGGUGCCUUAUGUCAAAUGAGUUUGGUGGGUCUCAGUGUAGUUCCUAGGAAAAAGAAAACUCCCUUGUCAUAGUCGUCAGUAGCUUCCUCUGGGAAACCAUGGCCUUGAACAGGCCCCUGAGACUGACCUUGCCUCUCAACCCAUUUAGGAGGGGAAGUGGGGGAGUUUGCCCUACUGCUACUUCUCCCAGUCCUGUGGCUAAGCAAAUGCUUUCACUCUCCUGGGCUACUAAAGUGACACAGAAAAUGCAGCAAACCAGAGGGACUGCUGCCUGCAUGAUUGUUCAUUCAAGCAGGCAGGGCUGGGUAAUGCUAUCAGCUUCAUGGGUGUGACAGCCCUACCUAUCCUGUCAGCCUUUAACUGUGGAGACAGACUUCUCUUGUGAAGCCUUAGUGUAGGGGGGGUAGAGAAGAGUUGCUUUACAAGACACCUUGAUCCUGGCCUUUUCCCCAGCCCCCUCGCUCACAUCUGUUUGCUUGUGCUACAGAUAGCCAUCCCCUGAGACUUAGCAGGGAACAGGCAGCUAGGACACCUGGGUUCUGUUCCUGGCUAUGGGAAGGGAAGAUGGUCUAGAGUUUAGGGCGGGUAACCCAGGAGUCCUGACUGCCAGCUCGAGGGGAGUGUUUAGAACAAGUUUCUGGGUGUUAGGAAGUUGGGAUGCUAAGGCAGAAAGGUGGUGUUGUUGCCAUGCUCUCCUGCUCCUCUCUGGGAAGUUGAGUAAAUAGGCACCAGUUCAGCUGUGAGGAGGUGUCUCUCUUCUUCAUCGCUCUGGCUCAGGCAUGUUAUCUUCCAGCCAAUACAAAUCCAUGGCCCAUUGGAUUGGAGCUUUCAGGCUGCAGUAGUCUGCAGUAAUGGGCCCAAAGGCUGUACCAGGCUGUAGUGCUUUGGCUCAUUGCUGUAGGAUGCUGUGUGCUAAGGGUUUGGUCCUGCAUUUGGGGCAGAACCACGGGUUCUGAACCGGUGCAGAACACGCUUCGGUCCUUUCUCCACUUGCACUUAGGCCGUGUUCAGCUUCACCACACCUGUUGCUUAUCGCUGUUGUCGGCGAAAGGUGCAUUUUCUGCGGCAGCUGACUCCAGUCUGAGUCCUUUGUAUGCAGGGAGUGGAGGAAAGAGUCAGACCCCUGGUUUCAGGGGAAAGAGGUUCCUCUGCUUCUCCCUAUCCUCCAUCAGUCACACUCUCUUUCUUCUCCAUUUCCCCUACAGUCUCUCAACUUCCCAGUCUUUCCAACCCGCACCACCUCUCCCCAUUACAACCGCUCCCGGUGCACUGUCUCAUUUCAAUAACAAUAGCUUUUUGAGACUCUCACUCUUUCCUCACUCACCUGUACUUUUAAAUUAGCAUCUUUGCAUAUUUUAACUUGCGUCUGGUUGCUCCAGUACCAGACAGUGUGUGUGCGGGGGAUAUGGGAGAAACCCCCGGCAUUGCAUUGGAAAACGUGACACUGCUUGAUCGUUUUUAUAAUGUUUUGAUGGGGGAUUGGUUAAACAUUGCAGCAAAAAUGGUAUGUCCACCUUAUCCUGAAUCCAGGUGCCUCCACACUCUGGUAUCUGCAACUCCACAGCGCUGCCAAAGCCUUUCGUUCUCUCUUCCCAACAAACCUUAACAAAGAGAAAUCAGAAGAUGAUAAUUACAGAGUAACUGUAAUUAUCAGAUACAGCCCAGUGACAGUCAAGUCACAGCACAG